CCGGGGAGAAUGACAGUAAUAACUUCGAGUGAAAAGCUGUGGUAGCCGCCGUGGCAGUGAAAGGGUUAACCCUGUGGUGACAGCGGUAUGGCAGUGUGUGAAGAUCUUUUGUUGUGCAACUACCGCAAAUGCCGGGUAAAGCUAUCUGGUUACGCGUGGGUGACCGCCUGCUCACAUAUAUUCUGUGACAAACAUGGGAGCAAUGAGUUCAGCCAGUCUCCUGCUGUCUGCCCAGCCUGUAAUAGCACCCUUUCUGGAAAACUUGACAUUGUUCGUACAGAGCUCAGUCCUUCAGAAGAAUGCAAAGCAAUGUUAUUGGCUGGACUACGCCCCGAACUUGUUCUUGACAUUUGUUCUCGUGCUUUAGCAUUCUGGACCUAUCAGGUAUACCAGGAACGACUGUACCAAGAGUAUAACUACAGUAAAGCAGAAGGGCACCUGAAGCAGAUGGAGAAACUUUAUGGCCAGCAAAUGCAAAGUAAAGAUGCUGAACUGAGUUCCAUGAAGGGGGAAGUGAACUCCUUGAAGAAAAUGCUGGAGGAAUAUAAAAGAAAAUAUAGUGAGCUAUCAGAGAAGCUGAUGGAGCGUAACCGCCAGUAUCAGAAGUUGCAAGGAAUGUAUGAUGCAAUGAGGCUGCGAAAUAUUGCUGUGGCUAAUCGAGAGUCUGCUGCAAGUGGAGAGAGGGCUCAACAGGACCAAUAUGGUGUCUUUGGUUUACCUGUGGGAAAUUCUACUAAGACUGCAGUUGUUAGAACACCUCCAGUGAGAACUUAUGAGGGAGAUUUCCGAAAACCUUUUUUCUGCACAGCCCCCUCCGAGGAGACAGGAAACCCCAUAUUCUGCUCUCCUGUAAAUGAAGUAGAUCCACAUGGACCAAGGUCCUUCAGAAUUUUGAGGAUGUAACGUACAAUUAUUUGUAGAUUGACUUGCUAUUGUAAACACCAUUUCAGUUUUCG